ACCUUCCCCCCACCAACCCACCAACCGCAGUGCGACCCACCCCCCACGGACCUCCUCCACACCUCAAUUGACCUGCACAUCCAUCAUGGUGCUCUCGACCGCUGGCUGGCGGUGCCUCCGCUCUACAACCAUCCGCCAGCUCCCACGAUCACUCGUUCCUACUACCCCCACGGCAGCAGUAGCAUUCACCACCUCCGCGGCGACCCUCGACAAGAGCUCGAAACCCAACGUCAAGGGGGGGCAGGGGCGGAACGUACAGACGGGCCAACAGCGAGUCGGCGGAAGGGGUGGUCCUCCAACUACGGAGUCGAAAUCGCGGGCUGCAUACAAGGAGGGCGAGCGCAAACAAAUACGUCAGCGCAUCGUGCUCUCGAAUACCAACGCGCCGCCGGUAAACCUCGGCGAGCUCACGGUCGAGGUUUCCAUCCAUGAGCCCACCGUCGGCAGUGUGUUCGCGCUUGCUCCACACGAUGUGGACAAGUUGAGGGAACUUCAGGCAUUCAGGCGUACCCAGGAUUGGAAGUUCUUCUACCGCCCUAGUACGGUCAUGCGGAAGGAGAGUUUGGUGCUGGGAGAGAUGCUGAAGGAGAUCCAGGAGGGUGAAAAGGGGGCAUGCGAACGUGUUAUUCUUUCGGGUCCCAAGGGGAGUGGGAAGAGUGUGCUUUUACUACAAGCUAUGUCGUGGGCGCUGCAGAGGGAGUGGGUAGUCAUCAACAUUUCCAAUGCCCACGAUCUGGUGAUAGGCCACACCGAGUACGAGCAUGACGCGACAUCGGGCACCUGGGCACAGCGGGAAUACACACGGUCGCUUCUAUCGCGCAUCUUGUCCGCCAACCACGCCGUCCUCGCCCGCAUGAAGCUCUCCAAGGACCACACGCUGAACCGUAUCGACUUCCCCGCGGCAACCGACUUGGCGCAGUUCUGCCAACGCGGAUCGCGCGACGCCACGAUCUCGCACGAAGUGUUCACCACUCUCCUCGAGGAGCUCUGCCACGCCGGCCGCCCACCCGUCCUCUUCGCCGUCGACUCGCUCAACUUCAUGAUGCAGAACUCCGACUACCACGACCAGGACUACAACAUCAUCCACGCGCACGACCUCGCCAUCCCCCGGCACUUCUGCGACUUCCUCAACGGCACCCGCGCAUUCCCGCGCGGACUGGUCAUCGGCGCCACAUCGCUCGCCGGUGCCCCGCGCACCGACGCCUUCGAGUACGCCCUCCGUGGCUGGAAGCUCCCCGCCUACUCCAAGCUGGACACUAGGAUCGCUCCUAGCAUUGCCGGCGCCGAGGUGAUGGAGAUCGGCGCCAUGGCCGAGGAGGAGGCGAAGAGUCUGCUGGAAUACUGCCGUGUCAGUGGACUGCUCAAGGAGGGCCGUCCCCUGAGUGACGAGCAGGUUGCGCAGAGAGUUGCAGUUAGCUCGGGUCUGGCGAAGGAGCUGGUGGCAGGCUGUGUUAGGAUGCUGGCUUAGGGGAGUGUAAAAUAACAUACAUAGAUGUGUGCACGCGGUUGUAGGCAUAGAUGUACGGAAGAUCUUGUACUUUAUUGACAAUUAUGGGUUGGCUGGAUCACUUUCCGAGACGAUUCAUACCAUCAAGACAUGUCAACCGUUUCCAUAACAUGGGCG